AUGCUGGCAGAAACAGUAGUGCGAGAGCUAGAGGACCUACGGCAGCACGCCGAGCGCGUGGCCGAGUUCCUCGCAAGGCCUGACCAAGCCGCGCUCCUGGCCGAGCAGCUGCACAACCCGGACGAGCUGCCGCGGAAGGACCUGUGGCAGACGUGCGCCAGCGUAGUCGACAGCCUGGACCGCGUGCAGCUGAUCAUCUCCCCAUCCGUCUCGCUGCUAGCCGACUGCUUCUUCGGAUACCUGCCAACCAAAGCGCUCUGGACCGCCGUCGACGCCCGCGUCCCUGAUCUGCUGGCGGCACACGGCCCGCAGACGGUGGAGCAGCUGGCACAGCGCGCGGGGCUGCAGCCGCAGCGCCUGCAGCAGCUGCUCGACACGCUGGCUCCCCUAGGCAUCUUCGCGCAUACCACCGACGCCACCAUCACCAACAGCCGCGCGUCGGCGCUGCUGACGCGCGACCACUGGGCGCAGUGGCACCGCUGGGCCGACCUGUACGGCACCGACUUCUUCGACGCCUCGCGCUGUAUGCCUUUGGCGGUGCGCGCGGGCGAGCGCCGCAGCGCCGCGCAGCUCUCGUUCGACACGGAGCUCAGCCUGUUCGACUACAUGGCGCAGACGGGGCUGGCAUCCAAGUUCCACGCCACGCUGGGCGCCGGCCAGGUCGCCAUGGCGAAAGGCUUUACCGUCGACUACCCGUGGGCCGAGAUCGAGAGCAGCACUAGCGAGCAGCAGCCGUUCAUCGACCUGGGCGGCGGGUCGGGCGCGCUGCUGGCGUCGGUGCUGCGCGCGCACCCGCGCCUGCGCGGCGCGCUGAUGGACCUCGGCCACGUCGUCGACAUGGUCGAGCCGGACUUUAGAAGCAGCGACGGCAAGUUCGCCGACGUCGCCGACCGCGUCGUCGCGCUGCAUCGUGGGAACUUCCUCGAGAGCGUGCCGCCCGCCGCCGUCUACACGAUGAAGUGGUGCCUGCACGACUGGUCCGACGACGACGUCGUCAAGGUCUUCCGCGUCGUGCGGCGCUGCAUCGACGUCGAGUCCGCCGUCAGCCGCCUCGUCGUCUUCGAGGCUGUGAAGACGCCGAAGCGCAGCGGCCGCAUAUCCCGCUACGGCGACCUGGUUAUGAUGGUGACGGCAAAUGGUCAGGAGCGCGCUGAGGAGGACUGGCGGAGGCUGGCUGGAGCGGCUGGCUGGCGUCUUGCGAACGUGUAUCCGCUGCGGGAUGCUUGGGCCGCGGGAAUAGAACUCAGGCCGAUUUAG